ACUAAUGUUGGUGAUAUUUGUGCCAAAAAAUAUUGCUAUUUACAUCUGGCCUGCUCAGUGAUGUGCAGGCCUGGUUGCAUCUAGCCCUUGAACAGUUUUCGUCACCUGUAACAUAUGUAUGAAAAUGUAGCAUUUAACAUUAGGGUGGAUGUGGGUUCUCCUAUUGCAAAGUCUGAAAGCUAGAGAGGUUUUAUACCUGGAAGCUGUAUCUUGCAUCUUAGGGCUAUAUUGCAUUUUUAAAACUUUUGUCUGAGUUAAGAUAAUCCCAGGCAUUAAUGACUCUGGAAGGCUUUCUGGAAGGAAAAGCAACCACAAACCAUUCUUUUCAUGAACAGAAUGGCCAAAGUCACUGUAUAUUUGUAUGUAGGGAUAUACAUAUACAUAUAUUGACUUAGUGUUGAACAUUUAGUGAUUAUUGCUUGUAUUAAACCGAUUUGUAUUAAUGACUCAGUGAAACAAUUACCUCUUUACUCAGAAACAAGCAUUGCUAUUAGGUUCUUAAAGUCUGAUCCAUUAGUUUCAUGGAUGGGGUGUGAAUCAACCUUGAUGUUGAUUUUUGAAGAUUCAGAACUAACUUCCCACUCCAUUGAAAGAGUGACAACCACAAGGCUCAUUUUAAAGCGUUCAGUCUGCAGUUGACCUCCUCUAGGAGUGGGUAGUGCAGGGGUACAGCUCCCAUAGGGCGUCAUCAAAGCCUCAGUGAUCAGGCGUCAGUAACAGCCUCCUCUUUGUGGAAGAUUUCUGGAAGGUUGGCAAGCACUGUCCUGAAAGAGCUGUGUUCUCUGGUCCCCUGAAGAGCCCAGACCACCCAUUCUGUUUAUGCAUGUUCAGCUGAUCAGCUCCUAUGCUCAGUUCAGUAACUUCCAGUUCCAGCAGAUCUUACCACAAAGACCAGGAUUUACCAGGAGAGAUUUCCAUGGAGGAAAAAAGAAAUGAAACUCGGUUAGAGUUCACAACAUUUUCAGUGUUAAGAUUGAUCUUUCUUAAGACAUACUAGGACAUCUUAUAUUUUUAAUAUUUUCAUCAUUGGUAUAGAAAUUCUGUAGGAACAUUUAGGAGCCAAGAAGAAGAACAUUUUAUGCAUUUGACUACUAGGAAGUUGGUGAAGCUUUCUUCUUUAACAUCUGUUCUCCUUGGUAGCCUAUUGAAACAGGCUCCAGUUGAGUCCUGGUCAAGUGAGUAGCUCAUUCUCUUGAUGGGAUAGUGUAGGCAGAGUGGAGAGAACCUACAGGCUGGAUUGGGGGAUGAGUUGCCAUAUCUGUGCCCUGUCCAGUCGACCAUUGUGUAUAGCUAAGGUUGACUGAAGCAUCUUCGUCACCCCAUUUUGUGCCAACUCUUAUUUUUCCAUAAGGAUUCUCAAUUUUAUUUGUUGUGUUUCUUGUACUUAAUCUUACCUAGGAUAAACACAUCUUCAGGAGAUUUCUUUUUGUUCUUUUUUUUUUUUGUCUGAGGCUCAGAUGUUGGGCACGUUGUUUUAUAUUGUUAGUCAAUUCCUGGUUUUAAGAAUAAAUACAGGAUUAGCAUGAGUGGUAAGAAUCCAGGAACAAACUAAAUAGCAGGACAAGAAUGGACAAUUAGGGUGUCUAAGUGUAGGAGAUACUUUUUUUUCUUGAACCUUAAUAUUCAUUGAAUAAAGUAAAUGGGAAUAACCAAGUGCAUGCUAUUCUGGAGGCAUCUGAAACAUCAAUUAUGAAACCAGUCAAGAAAAUCCCUAGAGUGUUUUCUUAAUCUUCCUCCUUCCAAAGUGUUCCUCCUUUCAAUCUUGUGUAACACUUCAGUAGCGUGAAUCUCUCAUACCUGCAGCUACAUCUGUAGGUUUGGGAAGAAGCUUUCAUCAUUGGGCUGCAAGGCUGGAACAAAGCGAGCAUGCAGUUGUGUCUGAUGUUAGUUGCCUUUCUGACUUGGUCUUUGUAAGUGUUCACUGGCGCACCUGUGUGUUCAUUCAGCAGUAUUUACUGAGGGCCUACUGUGUGCUCCAUGCUGCUCUGGAUGCAGAGAGAAGCAAGACAGACAAGCCUGCUCCCCUCUGAAGCUUACCUUGUUAGUGUAGGUGACAGUAAGUAGGAAAAAAUACCAAUACUAUUAGAUGGCACUUAGAGGUGGGAAGGAAACAGAGCCAGCAAGAAACUAGAGACUUGGGGGCUGAUGAGGGUGGUCAGGGGAGGCUUUGCAUGACCUCAGAUUAUAUGAUGGAAUGAACUCUGCAGAGAUCUGGAGUGGGAGUGUUUUCAGAAGUGGGAAUAGCAGGUAAGGUCUUGAGGCCUGAAGAAGCGAAGUUCCGAGCAGUCUCAGACCCUGCAAGGCUAGUCGUGGGCAAGGAGGGAGUGUGGCCAGGAGGCCCUAGGAGGCCUGGAAAGAAGGAAGCCCCUGGAGGGUUUGAGAAGGGAGUGAGGUGGUCUGAUUUGCACAUUAAAAGGAUCACUCUGCUGGGUGGGGGACAGACUAUAGGAGGAUUAAAGGGCCAGCUGGGCAGUGGGCACCUGUGUGUCUCCACUUACAUCUGUGUGUGGCUCCCCUCCCCCAGGGAUGGAGGCCUGGACCAGGGUGAUCCGUCCAGAAGGGGCACAGCUCUGGCUGAGGGCUUGGCUGCAAAAUGGGAGGGAAGGGAGGGCCAGGAAUGACUCCUUGGGUUCUCCUGUAUUCACGGUACAUUCCUGUGGACAGCAAAGGGUGAAGGUGUGGGAAAUACAGGAUGGGUGAAUGGGAAAAAACAUACUCAGUGUGUAUUUAAAAUAAUGGAAAAUGUCUCAUUUGUGGAUAGAGUCGCUUAGUCGAUGCUGAGAUGCGUCUUGUGGAACAGAAUUUUUGGGACAUUUGCAGGAUGAGUUAGAUGAACUCCGUGCUGAGAUGGAAGAGAUGAGAGACAGUUAUUUAGAGGAAGAUGUUUACCAGCUGCAGGAACUUCGGCGAGAACUGGACCGUGCUAAUAAAAACUGCCGAAUCCUGCAGUACCGUCUUCGGAAAGCUGAGCAGAAAAGCCUGAAAGUGGCUGAGACAGGUCAGGUGGAUGGCGAGCUUAUCCGAAGCCUGGAGCAGGACUUGAAGGUAGCCAAAGAUGUAUCUGUCAGAUUGCACCACGAACUGAAGACGGUGGAGGAAAAGCGCGCUAAAGCUGAGGAUGAAAAUGAAACUCUCCGACAGCAGAUGAUUGAAGUAGAAAUAUCCAAACAGGCCCUCCAGAAUGAGCUGGAGAGACUGAAAGAGAGUUCCCUAAAAAGAAGAAGCACUCGGGAAAUGUACAAGGAGAAGAAAACCUUUAACCAGCAGAAUGGUGGAAUGGAGCGCGCUGGGAACUGCAGGCCCGCAACCAAAACCCAAAGGAAGCUGGCGCCCCGGCGCAAGGAUGACAGUGCCGAUUUGAGGUGCCAGCUCCAGUUUGCCAAAGAGGAAGCCUUCCUGAUGCGCAAAAAGAUGGCCAAGCUAGGAAGGGAGAAGGACGAGCUGGAGCAGGAGCUCCAGAAGUACAAGUCCCUCUAUGGGGAUGUGGACAGCCCCCUGCCCACGGGGGAAGCAGGCGGGCCCCCCAGCACCCGGGAGGCCGAGCUGAAGCUGCGGCUGAAGCUGGUGGAGGAGGAAGCCAACAUCUUGGGCCGGAAGAUCGUGGAGCUGGAGGUGGAGAACCGUGGCCUCAAGGCAGAGAUGGAGGACAUGCGGGGCCAGCAGGAGCGGGAGGGCCUGGGCCGGGACCACGCACCCAGCAUUCCUACCUCACCCUUCGGCGACUCCCUGGAGUCCUCCACUGAGCUCCGCCGCCACCUGCAGUUUGUGGAAGAGGAAGCGGAGCUGCUCCGGAGGUCCAUCUCCGAGAUCGAAGACCACAACCGGCAGCUGACCCACGAGCUCAGCAAGUUUAAGUUUGAGCCUCCCCGGGAGCCGGACUGGCUCGGGGAGGGUGCGAGUCCUGGUGCCGGGGGUGGGGCCCCCCUGCAGGAGGAGCUGAAGUCAGCCAGGCUGCAGAUCAGCGAGCUCAGCGGCAAGGUGCUCAAACUGCAGCACGAGAACCAUGCGCUGCUGUCCAACAUCCAGCGCUGCGACCUGGCAGCGCACCUGGGGCUGCGUGCCCCCAGUCCCCGGGACAGCGAUGCCGAGAGCGAUGCCGGCAAGAAGGAGAGUGAAGGGGAGGAGAGCCGCCUGCCGCAGCCCAAGCGGGAAGGCCCUGUUGGCGGGGAGAGUGACUCGGAGGAGAUGUUCGAGAAGACGUCGGGCUUCGGGAGCGGGAAGCCAUCGGAGGCCAGCGAGCCGUGUGCCACGGAGCUCCUGAAGGCCCGGGAGGACUCCGAGUGCCUAGUGACCCUAAAACACGAGGCCCAGCGGCUAGAGCGGACGGUGGAGCACCUCAUCGCGGACACCGACAGGUUCCUCCGUGACGCGGGGGUGCAGGGUGGUGCACCCUCGCCGGGGCCUGGCCUCCAGGGUGAAGAGGAGCUGGGCGAGGGGGACCAGCAGGAGCCUCACCUGCUGGGGACCAUCAACGCCAAGAUGAAGUCUUUCAAGAAAGAGCUUCAGGCCUUCCUGGAGCAGGUGAACCGCAUUGGGGAUGGCCUAUCCCCCUUGCCCCACCUCACAGAGUCCUCUAGCUUCCUCUCCACUGUGACUUCCGUGUCCCGGGACUCCCCCAUCGGGAACCUGGGGAAGGAGCUGGGCCCAGACUUGCAGUCCAGACUGAGGGAGCAGCUAGAGUGGCAGCUGGGGCCGGCCCGAGGGGACGAGCGGGAGAGCCUGCGCCUCCGAACUGCACGGGAGCUGCACCGCCGCGCAGACGGGGACGCCGGGAGCCAUGGGCUGGGAGGCCAGACCUGCUUCAGUCUGGAGCUCAGGGGCCCCUCUGUUUUACCUGAGCAGAGUGUAUCCAUAGAGGAGCUACAGGGUCAGCUCGUGCAGGCGGCCAGACUGCAUCAAGAGGAGACAGAGACAUUUACAAACAAGAUCCAUAAGAUGGAGGAGGAGCACCUCUAUGCCUUGAGGUGGAAAGAACUGGAAAUGCACAGCCUGGCUUUGCAAAACAGCCUCCAUGAGCGAACCUGGAGUGAUGAGAAGAAUCUGAUGCAGCAGGAGCUCCGGUCCUUGAAGCAGAACAUUUUCCUCUUCUACGUCAAACUCAGGUGGCUGCUGAAACACUGGCGGCAAGGGAAGCAGAUGGAGGAGGAAGGAGAGGAGUUCACUGAGGGUGAGCAUCCAGAGACCCUCUCCGGGCUUGGGGAGCUUGGAGUCCAGGGGAGUCACCAGGUGGAUGGCCCAGACCACGACGACAGUGACCGAGGCUGUGGCUUUCCAGUGGGGGAGCACUCCCCACACUCCCGGGUUCAGAUAGGAGACCACAGCUUACGGCUGCAGACCACGGACAGGGGACAGUCCCACAAGCAGGUGGUGGAAAACCAGCAGCUGUUCAGCGCCUUCAAGACCUUGCUGGAGGACUUCCGUGCGGAGCUGCGGGAGGACGAGCGUGCCCGACUGCGGCUGCAGCAGCAGUAUGCCAGCGACAAGGCGGCCUGGGACGUGGAGUGGGCCAUGCUCAAGUGCCGUCUGGAACAGCUGGAAGAGAAGACUGAGAACAAGUCGGGAGAACUAGGCUCCUCCGCUGAGAGCAAGGGGGCCUUGAAGAAGGAGAGAGAGGUGCACCAGAAGCUCCUGGCCGACAGCCACAGCCUGGCCAUGGACCUGCGCUGGCAGAUCCAUCACAGCGAGAAGAACUGGAACCGGGAGAAGGUGGAACUUCUCGACCGCCUGGACAGAGAUCGGCAGGAGUGGGAGCGGCAGAAGAAAGAACUCCUGUGGAGGAUAGAGCAGUUGCAGAAAGAGAACAGUCCCCGGAGAGGUGGCAGUUUCCUCUGUGAUCAAAAAGACGGCAACGUUCGCCCCUUUCCCCACCAGGGGAGCCACCGCGUGCCCCGUCCUGUGGCCAUGUGGCCUUGUGCAGACGCCGACUCCAUCCCGUUUGAAGACCAGCCGCUGUCCAAGCUGAAGGAGUCGGACAGGUGCUCGGCCAGUGAGAAUCUCUACCUGGAUGCCUUGUCCCUGGAUGACGAGCCAGAGGAGCCACCAGCCCACAGGCCCGAGAGGGAGUUCAGGAAUCGCCUCCCUGAGGAAGAAGAAAAUCACAAGGGGAAUCUUCAAAGGGCAGUGUCCGUGUCCUCCAUGUCUGAGUUCCAGCGCCUCAUGGACAUCUCCCCGUUCCUGCCUGAGAAGGGCCUGCCGUCCACCAGCAGCAAGGAGGACAUCACCCCACCCCUGUCUCCAGACGACCUCAAGUACAUUGAGGAGUUCAACAAGAGCUGGGACUACACACCCACCAGGGGCCACAAUGGUGGGGGGCCAGACCUCUGGGCCGACAGGACCGAGGUGGGGCGGGCAGGGCACGAGGACAGCACAGAGCCCUUCCCCGACUCCUCCUGGUACCUAACCACAAGUGUCACCAUGACCACGGACACCAUGACCAGCCCAGAGCACUGCCAGAAGCAGCCGCUGCGGAGCCACGUCCUCACCGAGCAGUCGGGGGUGCGCGUGUUACACAGCCCGCCUGCCGUGCGCAGGGUCGACAGCAUCACGGUGGCGGGUGGUGAGAGUCCCUUUCCCACAAGCAGAGCCAGAGGGAGCCUGGGAGACACCAAGGGGGGCCCUCCAGAACCCAUGCUCAGCAGGUGGCCUUGCACCUCCCCCAGGCACUCCCGGGACUACGUGGAGGGGGCACGGCGCCCCCUCGACAGCCCUCUCUGUACCUCCCUGGGGUUUGCCUCCCCCCUGCACAGCCUGGAGAUGUCCAAGAACUUGAGUGAUGACAUGAAGGAGGUGGCCUUCUCUGUCAGGAGUGCCAUCUGCUCCGGCCCUGGUGAGCCACAAGUCAAGGACAUGGCCUGCCAGACCAAUGGGUCCCGGACGAUGGGGACCCAGACUGUUCAGACCAUCAGUGUGGGCUUGCAGACUGAAGCCCUGCGUGGCAGCGGUGUCACCAGCAGCCCCCACAAGUGUCUCACGCCAAAGGCUGGGGGCGGUGCUACACCCGUGUCGUCUCCUUCCCGAAGCCUUAGAAGCAGACAGGUGGCCCCCGCCAUCGAGAAGGUGCAGGCCAAGUUUGAACGCACAUGCUGCUCUCCCAAGUAUGGUUCUCCCAAGCUGCAGAGGAAGCCCCUCCCCAAAGCUGACCAGCCAAAUAACAGGACGUCACCGGGGAUGGCCCAGAAAGGGUACAGUGAGUCAGCCUGGGCCCGCUCCACCACCACAAGGGAGAGCCCCGUGCACACCACCAUCAACGAUGGCCUCUCCAGCCUCUUCAAUAUCAUCGACCACAGCCCCGUGGUGCAGGACCCCUUCCAGAAGGGGCUGCGGGCCGGCAGUCGGUCUCGCUCAGCAGAACCCCCACCAGAGCUGGCCCCAGGCCAGGAAACAGGCACCAGUUCCCGAGGAAGGUCACCUAGCCCCAUUGGGGUGGGCUCAGAGAUGUGCAGGGAGGAAGGGGGAGAGGGCACGCCAGUGAGGCAGGACUUAUCUGCUCCCCCUGGCUACACACUCACUGAGAACGUGGCCCGGAUCCUCAACAAGAAGCUGCUGGAGCAUGCCUUAAAGGAGGAGAGGAGGCAGGCUGCCUACGGGCCCCCGGGUCUCCACAGUGACAGCCACUCGCUGGGGGACACAGCCGAGCCAGGGCCCAUGGAGGAACUACCUUGUUCUGCACUAGCUCCAUCCCUAGAGCCCUGCUUCUCCAGGCCCGAGAGACCAGCAAACCGUCGCCCUCCGUCCCGGUGGGCCCCACAUUCCCCCACUGCCUCACAGCCUCAGUCACCCGGAGACCCGACGUCCUUGGAGGAGCAUGGUGGCGAGGAGCCGCCCGAGGAGCAGCCACACCAUGAUGCAAGCUUGCAUGGAUUAUCACAGUAUAAUUCACUGUAAUUUGCAUAACCACACCAUCGCCAUGAACAAAACUCUGCCCAAAAGGAGAGAUCUAGUUUUCUCAAGGUCAAAGAAUGUUUUUUAAAAACACACAGCUGCUGAAUGUUCAACCUGUGAAACUGAGAUGUUUCUAGAAUGAAACAGUAAAUGUGCCUGUAAUAAUUUUUUUCAUAGCUCAGAAAACUAUUUUUGUCUCCAUCUUUUUUAUACACAGUAUAUUAAAUGAAAAGAUAAAUAAGGUAUAAAUAGAUUUAAAAAAUAAAAGUGUUAAAAAAUGUACAUUUUAAGAGAUUUUGAACACCCUGCUAUCAAUACCUGACUGCCUCUCUGUUAAAUUUGCCCUGUUACAUUUUGGUUCAGUUUAUUUCCAUGUUGAAUUAGAGUGGAUUAAGUUAAUUUUAUUUUGUCAGUGUUACUGUUUUUUAAGACUUUUUUAAUGCUUCAGACUGUCUGAUUCAGUGAACUUUUUGUAGUGAAAAAGCCAUGAAGCCAGUAGACAAGACAGAUAUUCUGUAUACUGGAGGGGAUACAGGACGUUUUUGAAAAGGUACAAAGCCCUCAGUGGGCUUAGAAACUUCACUGUAUGAUCCUUGUAUUAUGCUACUUGGCUUGCACGUCUUCGGGUGCAUGUAUAUACCGCUACUGUGUCCUCGCCAUCACCUAAAUGUGACUCAGUCUGUUCCACUGUAAUAUGUUGUGAAUUUCCUUGUACUGUACUUUUAUUGUUGGUCUUCUUGCAUCGAUGAUCCAACAGCAACAUUUUUAAAUUAUUGUGAAAAGAUUAACUGGCAGUGUACAGAGUUUACUGCAAGUUUUCUUAAGGGAAAACACGACAAAAGGCACGAGGAUACCAAUUGGAAACACGUGCUGGUGCCUCUGAGUCUGUAUGAGACCGUGAUGAAGUAGAAAUAAAGCCCUUCCGAGAUGGCA